AUGGGUUCGAAUCAAUCUUCAACAUUUUCACCGCAAUCUUCAUCUCUGCGCUCGAAACUGAACGAACCGCAGAUCCUGACAACCUAUCAGAAAGUGAUCCUGCGAACAGCAUGGCGACAUAUGAGCAAGACGGGUCAAAGCAGUUGCGGGAAUACUAUCAUGCGUCGAUUGUUUAUUCGAAGUGAUCGUAUUAAAAACGUCUUUCAUCAUAAUACUAUGCUUAGUGCUAUGCUCAAAACGGAUGAAACACAAAACGUUCAACAACAUCACAAAGAAAUCGUCGAAUUUCUACAGUAUGUGAUCUCAAAUCUGGAUUACCCAUCAAAAAUUACUGAAAAAUGUCUCGAAAUUGGACUUUUGCAUCGAAGAUACAAAGAAAUGGGAAUGAAGACAGAGCACUGGGACUUACUAGGUGAGGCUAUAACCGAGACGAUACGAGAAUAUCAAGGCUGGAAGAGGCAUCGUGAGAGUUUACGUGCAGCGAAUAUUCUUGUCUCAUUUCUGGUUGAUAGAAUGCGUACAGGAUUUCUACAACGGGACGUUGUUACACCAAAUGGUACUCCACCAUAUGCAGCAAGAACAGUGAAAGAGCCAUCUGAUCGAGAGCGUAGCAAAAGCCUGCAAGAUUCAUAUCACGGAUUGUUAUAUCGCGAAUUGGCUGAAUCCUGUCCCGUCGUGAAGGAUUGCCAUUCACCAUCUGCAUCCUACUCUACGGAUCAGAAACCAAAGCGAAGUAUGCCUUGUAUGUCAACUUCAAAGGAGGCCCGACUGGAGAUCCAGAUUCAUCAUCGCCGCCGAUGUCUUCCCCAAACGCCUCUAUCCGAUGGAGAGGUGGACAACAACGUUGAUACGGCCAUUACGAAAAGACGACAGUUUCGCCAUUCCGCUAACAAUUCAUUUGAACUGGGUCAUAUUGGUACAAGAUUCCCAAAACUUUCUGAUUAA